AUGAGUGGAUUAUCGCUGAACUGGAAACGGCUCAGCAAGCUGAUAGAUAAGGGCAAUGGUGCCAGUAAAGGCUCCAGUAAGGGCAGUGUCUCCAAGAAGACCAACAGGAAGAGUGCCAAAAGGGGUACCGUUUCCCCCGUUCCUAGUUCCACCAUUGAAAAGACAUUGAUACGAACGGUUUCUGCAUUAGAAUACGCUCUCUGGACACAAGAGACUCAGAUCACCGUUGAUAAGCUCGAAUUGGACACUAAAAGGUCCUUGAAAAUAGCAGCCCAUGUUUCGGACGAACGGAAGAAAGACAUUGGUAAAUAUAUAGCCAUAGAUUGUGAGUUUGUGGGUAUAGGCCAUGAAGGUAAAGAGUCAGCAUUGGCCCGAGUGUCUAUAGUGAACUUCUAUGGUCAUAUUCUUUUGGAUAAGUUCGUUAAACCCAGAGAGAAGGUCACUGAUUGGAGAACUUGGGUCAGUGGAGUUACACCCAAGCAUAUGGUAGAUGCGAUUACUUUCCAAGAGGCCCAGAGAUUGACCAGUGAGCUUCUACAGAACCGGAUCCUCGUGGGACAUGCUGUGCAUCACGAUUUGGAAUCGUUAUACUUAUCCCAUCCUCGGUCCAAGAUCAGAGACACUUCGAGGUUUAAACCGUUUCGAGCCAUUAGCAAGGGCCGAACUCCGAGUCUUAAGAAUCUUUCACUGCAUUUCUUGAAGCUUGACAUUCAAAGUGCGUCCCAUUCGUCCGUGGAAGACGCCAGAGCCACCAUGCUACUCUUUAGACUAUAUAGGAAGGACUUUGAAAAAAUGUAUAAAUAA